AUGCAAGAACAGGGGACGGGCAUGAACGCCGACUGCGGUGGACUCGGAGGGCAAGUGAUCGGAGACCACAUGUUUUCCGGCGAGGAGCACCACCAGCUGAAGGCGGAGAUGGCCACCCACCCGCUAAUCGAGCAGCUGCUGUCGGCACACGUGGCGUGCCUGCGCGUGGCCACGCCGAUCGAUCAGCUUCCCCUUAUCGAUGCCCAGCUGUCUCAGUCUCACCAUCUCUUGCGCCUUUAUGCCCAAAACAAAACCCAUUCACUCUCUCAACAUCAAAGCCAACAGCUUCAUAACUUCUUGGCACAGUAUCUGCUGGUUUUGUGCUCAUUCAGAGAGAAAUUGCAUCAGCAUGUCAGAGUCCAUGCUGUUGAAGCAGUCAUAGCCUGCCGUGAAAUUGAGCAGAAUUUACAGUCUCUCACUGGGGUCACACUUGGUGAAGGCACAGGGGCAACUAUGUCAGAUGAUGAGAACGAGCUGCAGACGGAUUUUACCUUAGACCAAUCGGGAGCUAAUGAUAACGAUCUCAUGGGAUUUGGUCCAUUGUUCCCUACUGAAUCAGAGAGGACUUUAAUGGAAAGAGUGAGACAAGAACUCAAAAUUGAGCUCAAACAGGGAUUCAGGUCGAGAAUUGAAGACGUGAGAGAGGAAAUAAUGAGAAAACGAAGGGCCGGGAAAUUACCUGGUGACACUACUAGCGUGCUUAAGAACUGGUGGCAGCAACAUUCCAAGUGGCCUUAUCCCACGGAAGAAGAUAAAGCAAAGCUUGUAGAGCAGACGGGUUUGCAGCUGAAGCAAAUAAACAACUGGUUUAUCAACCAAAGGAAACGCAACUGGCACGCCAAUUCACAGUCGGCCACGUCUCUCAAGUCCAAGCGCAAAAGAUAA